CUUUAAUGGACCUGUGUUUGGAGAAAUGUCAGAAUAUAUACGUGUUUUUCACAAUGUAUCUGCUUUGUGGUCUUCAUAAUGGCAGAAUAAUGCAGAUUAUUGGGCCACUACAGGCAGCUCUUUACGGAUUUACACACGUAAGUUGGUUGUAAAGAACACUCUGUUGCUAUAACAACCACCUUCUGGACAUGUAAGCGAGACUGGAUCCACAAUCUCUCAGGCCUGACUGCCAAUAUGUACCUGAAACUCGUGAAACCUCGGCAUCUAGUUUGAAUUAUCCAUUAAGGAAUGUCGCCAAGGGUUCAUUUCCACUCGUGGCAUGGAUACUUACAAAUGGGAGACAAAAAAUUGAAUCUGUGAUCUUCAUUUGAAUCGUCACCACAGGAUUAUCGCCCUUUAAUAUUGAAUCAUUAUCGCCUUCAGUGGAAUAUUGUAUAAACGAAAGUGACACCCUCAUCAAAGUCAGCGGGGGCAUUUAUAGUACGGACACACGACUGGAGCCAAAAAACAACGCUUGUGGUUAUUCCACGAUUCUAUUACUGUAGGCGACUCAUUCGAUCAACAUCACUCCUUCAUCUGAGCAAUUGUCGACAAACCUUGUCUUUUAUUCAUGCGUCUUGGUGUAUUGGGCAACGUUGUCUUUGAUCGUGACCGAUGAAACAGUUUUGUCUCUACAACAGGCACCUGCCAUAUUGAGAGAGCUCAUCGAGUGUUUUUGAGAUUUAAUCAAGACUGUGUCUCUUAGAAAAGGAUUCGUCCUUGAACUAUGAAGGUUUAGAGACGAAAGAUCACAGAUCGUUAAUCUUCUGUUAAAUUAACAAGAACUGUGAAACGUAUUGGACUAAACGAUCGACAUGAUUCAACCAAAGACGUUGGCAUCUCAUGCUUUUGAUAAUAACUCUUGCAGUAGAAGCUGCCCUGUCCUAUUCACCAAGCCAUUAUAUGGAUGGUUUCUAAUGGCGAUGAAUAUUUCUAUACUUUAGAGACUGUUGUGUCAGUGACUUGUGUGAAAAAGGGACAAAUUCUGUGAUAUUGUACUGUGACAACAUACCGCGUGAUAUUUGUGCAACGACAUCGUUUUCACCUCAUACGUCAUGGGGACGAAACACAUCAACCACAACACACAUCUGUUUGCUGACGACGAUGAUGAUUACGGCGUCUACGCCAUCUCCGCUGUGUCGUUCCCUUCUCACAUAAGAAAGCUUCUCCCAGCUUCCGAAAACCACAUGUUGGAAUACAUGGCGCUCGAACGCGCCCGACGUCGGCUCCGUAACGUUAUCAUUGCUCUCGCAGUCUUCGCCAUAUGCGCAACGUUGCUGUCCGUAUCCCUCGUCUUCGGCUUCCAGCGGAGAGAAGACGACGUACCUACACAGACCCCUUCCCAGCCAAAGCUAACUUGGGAGACAUCUAAACUCCAGACAGUGAUUACUCGCCUCAACUCCUCACAGGAUCAUUCUAGUCAUGCAGCGAAACCCCCUUCCUAUGUCGUGGCCAAUAUUCCUGCUUAUAUAGUCAAGAGCCGUACCCGGUGCGUCAAGAAAUGUUGGGCGUACUCAGCAUUCCGGUUUCGAGCCUCCUGCCACGACGGUUACUGCAUCUGCAACGCUGACAACUACGACUCGCUCACCUGUCUACCGGCUGUCGAUACAUGCAAUAUUCGGAAGAACGGGAAGUCGAAAGCAGUUGCUGUUUUGAAAGGCACACAACAAAAGGUGUUCGGUUGUCAGUCGGACGUCGACACGGAAAGUGCCGAUCUUCAUGUAUUAAGCAUCUUCGGCAAUCAUCGUUCCCUUUCGACGACAGUGGAAGUUAGCCGAAAUUCAUCCAAGCCAGCUGUCCUGGCUCUAGUCAAUUAUCACCCGGUCACGUGGAAAAUUAGGAUAAAGCCAAAUGUUAAUCUUCAAAAAGUAAUUUUGGUAUCGUACAACCAUUUAGUACAUACGUCGGUCCUCUUUGAUUUCUUGAGGAACACGAGUACCCCCAAGUCCUCCGCCUCUACUCUCAGACAGGGUACGGUGAAGACAGGUACGGGGGACACACACCCCUACUCAUCAACAAUAUUCAAAGGGAGUUCGGGAAAUUCAAGUCCUUCUCGGGAACAUCCCAUGCGGACGAGUGGUUUCUCGACCUAUCCUGAACAAUAACAGUGCAUCAGUGAAGCCAAGUUGACGUGCAUGUGUGACGGUGUGAAAGUGCGACACAGAUUUGUUGUGUUGAAAAGUCCGUGUGGACCUGUAGGAGACGGACCUAUGUACACGCGCUAGGGCUGUGUCAAAGGCAUAGCCUUUCAUAUGAUAAAUCAGUUGUGGAUGUCGUGAUGAUUCUUUGAAGAGAGAAGAUUCCUAUUAUCUGGGCUGAAUUGACGUUAACGAGAUGUACGUGUAUCAGCGAAUCUUUUUUCGUUUUUGCUUUGAUGUAUUCUUGAGCAGGAUUUGGCGCCCGAAGCUACCGCUCUCAGACUGUUUAUUGAUGAACUUUCAGGGUAAUGAAUCGGACUAAGGUCUGAUAACCAUACACUAUAUACGAUAACUUUAGCAUCUAGUCUGAACUUUCAUGCACAGGAAAGAACGUACAAUGAACCUUUUCAACCCGUCUGAAUGAACUCAUAAGGACUAAGACGUGUUUUAGAUGUGUAAUGGCAUUAACUGUCUCCUCCUCCUGUUCGUCCCGGACGAGAGUCUUCAGAAAGAUCUGUUUACAGAUCUUAACAAUGUGCUUAUGUGAUCGGAAUAUGACCUGUAAUGUAAAAUAUGUUGGAUAUCAACUUGUGGUUAGAAUAAUGUGGUUGUACUCAGAUUGUUUUUCUGGUUUUCAUAUUGACAGUGCAUCAGAUUCUCUGAUCAUUCAGUCUGUUUAUUCUCUUUGGGGAUCCGAACAGGGUAUACCCCCAGACAUGUGGAAAUUUUGUUGAAUUUGUGGAAAAAGAAAAUGACCAAUUCGUCAGUAUGGCUGUAUAGUUUUUAAACCAAACCUUUGCCUUUCGGAUAUAUUCAUGUGAAUUGACGUGAGGUAUUCAAACUACCCGAAGGAUUAUCGGAGUAGUCUUUGAUUGCAAAGUUUGGUUGACACUGUUUAUUUGGAAAGGUAAACAAACAGUAUCAUACAGACCCAAAACAAUUACACAGCUGUAGCAACAAUUUUUAAAAAAACUAUCCAACUAGUUUGUCAAUUAUAACCAGCAUGGUUGAAUGAUUGCUUGAAAUGGAGUAAAAUAUCGAUAAAAUAGCAACAAUGUU